GUCAAACCGGUUACCCUUAACGUCAAAUUUCUCAUUUAUCAUUUUUAUAAAAAAAUUGUUAAUUGUUAACCUAUGAAAGUGUAAAUUAGUCCGUUGUGUCGUGUUAUCAGUACAAUAUUUUAUACAUUGAAGUGAGAGUUGUAGAACAAAAUUGUGUCUUUUAAAGAGUUGGAUUGUACGUUGUAGUUAGUGGAGGUUAAUUGAAGAAGUUUGUUGAAAAAUGAGUCUAUAACCUUAAUCUCAUCCAAUAGCAAGUGUUUAAUUUUGUGGCUCAGUGUAAAGGAACACAUUUUGCCCCCAAAAUGUCACAAUAUUCAAGAACUAACAAUUCGUUUAUGACUCCACCAAGGGCAUCAUUUCGAAGAUAUUCGUUAGCAGAUACAAGUUCGCUUACACCAACAAGACAGACAAAUGCACUAUACAAUGCUCAUCUCAGUACCAAAAUUGACAGUAGAAGUCCUGGUUACGCAACCCGAGUGGUACAGUACAGCGAAGAACAGAAAAAAUCCAGGCCUAGUCAUCAAAAGAAAUAUAACAAAUUAGGCAGCUUUCCCAUAGUACAUUUUUUCAAAAAAGAAUUACCAAAUUUGAAAAGAAAGGGUAGUGAAUGUAACAUUUCUCAAAUGAAUUCGGCUGAGCUCUCAAGAUUUAACAGUCCUGAACAGAAUAGAUUACUAUUAGAAAAAAUAAUCAAAAGUAGUCCAAACAAUGAUACCAUUUCUCAUAAAACUGAAACAAACACAAAGAGUGUUUUAGACGCCUUGAAGGAAAUUUCGCGAAAAAGGAUUCAUUCUAAUGAGGAAGAAUUUAUAUUGAAAGAUGAGGGCAAAAGGUUACACAAGGAGUAUGACAACGAAGGGACAUCAAGGAAACGGUUAAGGCAAAACUCUUUAAGUCCUUCAAGUCGAUAUUCUUCAAUUAGUGAAUUAAUCGCUUCUCAUUCCUCAAUGGAUGGAUAUUUAGAAGAGGAGACAAAGAAAGAAAAAGUUAUAGUUCCACCAGUCUCCCAGUUGAAGAGCCCUACUGUAUCGAAGAAAUGUGUUAACGUUGAAACUCAAACUGUACCUUCUGAACCCACAGACACCAAUAAAGUACUGACACCACAAAAGGAAGAAAAAGAAAAUAUAAGUGUUAAUGAAGCUCGUCUACCAGUUAAAGUGAAGAAAGCUUCUCCUCUUAAAAUUUUUGAUGAAACACCUUUAGAAACAAUGAGGAAGAAUAGACUUACUGCUUUGAUGGGCUCAGUUCAAAAUAAAAAUCAAAAACAAGAAGAUGUGGCGAAAAGUGAAGACAAAUCAGUUUUGGGAAAACCGCUCGUAUCCAUACUAACACAGACUAAGAGUCCUCACAAAAGUAACAAACAUGUCACUUUUGAUAUCCCGCAAUCGGAAAAUUCUGUAGUUGCAAGUACUAGUUUAACAAAUUUGAUUCCGUUUAGCGAAAGUACUAAUUCACCGAAAAUUAUAGAAGCUGUAACUAGUACUUCGACAGCAAUUAGUACGCCGAUUGUUUCAGCGAGUGUGGUAGAAGUGCCCCCUAUGACUUUUAAAGCUGCAGGCGAUGUACCACCCACUUUAACUUCAACUCCACCAGCUAGUAAAACUCUAGGUCUUGGAAAUCAAAAUUCAUUUACUGUUUCCAAUACCACAAUUAGUACAUCUAUGUUUACAAGUUUACCCACCAUCAAAUCAAGUGAAUUGAAAUCUACUACUGAAAAUAAAACUACACCAAGUUUUUGCAUUCCAAGUCAAAAUAUUGAACAAAAAAGUCCUACUAAUGCAAGUACUAAUAAGGAAAGUAUCACACAAGCAAAUAUGACCAAACAAGACAUCCAGAACAAAUUUACGUUUGGAAAACCCAUUGAACCGAUACCAACUAAACCAAGUGUACCAACAAUAUCUGGAAACUCAACACAGCAAGGCGGAUUCAAAUUUGAACUUAAGGAACCUUCAGCUAAUGUUGGUACUACCGCAUUGUCGUCACCAUUUCAAUUUAAGAGUCCCACAGUAACUUCAACAAUAGAAAAGCCAGUUAGUAAUAGUAGCAACACUUUCGCUGCUAUCAAGCCAGCAAAUUCCUUAAAAUUUGGACAAGUCACUUCUUCCAAUGCAGUUACUAGUACUCCUAUGUUUGGUUUAACAACAACUUCUAAUCAGAGUGAUUCUACCAAUAAGAAUUUUGUAAUGCCGUCUGCUACUAUGUUUUCGAUGAACAAAACUACUACCACUAGUAGUUCCCCAAUUAGUACAUUUAUGAGGCCGUCAAAUACUCUUCAAACAACAAGUUCAUCAAUGUUUUCUAAUACUCCACCAUCGUCUAAUAAUAAACCAUCAAUGUUUUCUUUUGGUAGUACUAGUACCGCUACUUCAACUUCAACAUUUGCUCCAAGUUUUGCACCUUUGGCAGCUCCAGGGCUGUUUGAACCCAAAUGCGUUGUAAGUAGUACCACAAAACCGUCCUUGAGUUUUUCGGCUUCAAAUACUUUUGCGAUGUCUCCUAUAACUACUGCUAAUUCAGGUGCUCCCUCUUCAAAUACUUUUGCCUUACCUACUAUGACGACGACUAAUUCGAAUAAACCCUUCGCAAGUGGGUCCUUAAUGUUCAAUAAGCCGGCUACUGGUUUUAGCACCACUGUUUCAACGUCCCGAGCUUCAGUUAACCCAACCUCAACUGUUUCAACAUUUUCAAACACUCCAGUUUUUAGUAGUAGUAACACUGCUCCAAAUUUUGGUAGUGAUGGGGGAAAACCAGUUUUUGGGCAAACAUCGUCUGCCUCAUUCUUUGGUAGCACCGGUUCAAAUUUUGGUGCCACAACUUCUACUUUUGGUACAACCCCAACGUUUGGUACUACAACUACAACUCCAGCUCCAGCUUUUGGAGUAAAUAAUAAUAAUAAUAAUGUCUCAGGGAUCAGUAGUAAUCCCACUUUAGGUCAAAACGUAUUCGGAGCUGUUGUAACAACAACAAGUAGUAUUUUUGGCGGUUCUAGUACUUUUGGUACAACGAGUUCUUCCUUCGGCAACUCUUUUGGAAGUGGCCAAACUUCCGCGUUUAACGUUAACGAACCCAAAAAUCUAUCAACUCCAUCAUUUGGUACUUCCGGAAAUUCCACUUUUGGCAUCACGACUACCGCUAGUUUCGGUACGAAUUCAACAGUUUUUACAACAACAGCAUCCGGUUUUUCGUCAAGUAACAACACAUUUUCUUCAACGUUCGGUGCAAGUUCAGCUUUUGAUAAGCCUGCAGAAGCAAGUCCAUUUGGUGGUGGCAGUACUGCUUUUGGAGGUAGUUCUUUUGGUGCAAAUCCACCAGUUACACAAAGUAAUGUUUUUGCUUUUGAUGUGAGUAAGCCGCCUGUAUUUUCAUUCGGUUCCACUGAACCACCUAAACCUUCGUUUAAUUUUACUGCUGGUUCGGGGAGUUUCGAUGCUGGUAAAGGGUUUGGUAGCAAUCCUCCACCGGCGUUUAAUACCGGUUUAUCGCCACAGUUUAAUAUGCCAGCUCCUGUGGGAACAGGAAUGUUUAAUAUAGGCAGUGGGGGGACAUCUACGCCCAGUAGGUCAAGAACAAUGCAUAAAACAAAACGAAGGACAUGAAUGUUUUAGCAAAAUUUUAUUUUAACUUGUUUUGUUUUAUUUUUAAGUCAAUUUGUAAUGCAGUAUAAAAAAUAAAGAACUUAAUUGAAAUUA